CGCACACACAGCAUAUCUCAGAGGCGCAGCUGGCGCCACGGCCAGGCAGGGCCCCCGCCUCGUGGCCAUUGCCUCGUCCAAUCGCCCUCUGCGCUGCCCAACGAAUGGACCCCAGGCAGCUUGCGGCCUUCGAGGCGCAGACCGCCUCCCAGCAGCUCCGGGAGGAGGAGACCAGCAUCGGGGACUACAGGGUGGUCAAGAUACUGGGCAGGGGAUCCUUUGGGCGCGUCGUGCUGGCCGAGCACAGCGGCGGCGGCCUGGCGGCGAUCAAGCUGCUGCCGCGCGGCCACUACGUUAGAAACUACCACACGUAUGUGGUGCGCGAGAUCCUGCACCACGCCAGCCUGCGGCACCCGUUUGUGGUGGCCCUGAGCCAGGUCAUCCUGACGCAGCGCUCGCUGGCGAUUGUGAUGGAGUAUGCGGCCGGCGGCGACCUGCUGCGCCACCUGCAGGCCCGCAGCUGUCGGCGUCUGAGCGAGGGCGAGGCGCGGUGGAUGUUUCAGCAGAUGGCCAUCGGGCUGGCCUA